AUGUCUACACAAAGCACAGCUGUGGCUGCUUUGGUUGGAAACAUAGUCAUCGCAUUUCUAAUGAUACCUGACUGCACAGCUUUCAGGGAACAUGACAAAGGAUUUAAACUAUGUGUCACAUCAAGGCCAGGUAUGAAAGACCUCUCGCAUCAAAAUCUCACCAGUGUUCCUCCAAAUCUUUCCAACAACACACAGUAUUUGGAUAUUUCCUACAACUUCAUCCAAGCGCUGAAAGGAGCUGAGUUUUCUGGACUGUCCCAGCUCUGUUUCUUAAAGGCAACUCACUGUGGCCUUCAGGAGAUUUCACCAACUGUGUUCACUCACACACCAGCACUCAAAGUUCUCAACAUAUCUAACAACGACUUACCUUUCAUCCCAGACAUUUCCUUGAAACAGCUGAGAGUUCUUGAUUUGGCUAGCAAUGUGUACACCAGCUAUCAAUUACCAGCAUCCUUUCAGAAUUUAACAAAACUGGAGUUGCUGUCAUUGGGUAGUACAGCUGCUCUGUCCAUCAACUACAGUGACUUUGAUCCUUUGAUGAAUGUUCCUCUGCAGCAUCUGGCUUUGGGAGCAGGAAUUCAAUGGCAGAAGUAUGAUUCAGGUUCUCUUGCAAAAAUAAAGUCUCUCAAAAAAUUGUCCCUUUUUGCAUCUUUUUGUGGAACCUUUGGAAUGUUUGAGAACCUCCUUGUGGACUUGAAUGAGACACAGGCAAAAUCAUUGCGAUGCAUCACUUUAUUUCCAGACAAGUGCAAUGUGAGCGACAACCCCUUUAUGAAUCUGAGAAGAAUGCCAUUCAUGGAGAAUCUCACCAUAGAAAACACCUGGAUAAACAGCUCCUUCAUGGAGGGGUUUUUGAAGAAUGUGUGGCUCUCCUCUCUCUAUGAGCUCUCAUUUGUCAACAUCACUUAUAACGAGGAUACACCAGAUGGUUUUGUAUUUCACAAUAUUAAUCACACAAUCAGUCUUUCCUCGGUUAUCUUUAAUGGUGUGAAUCAUUAUCAGUACAAAUAUCCCACCAUAAACAUGAGCUUUGAGGCCUUCACAGGACUGACCUAUUUAAAGUUCUCUGGGACUGGAAUGAAUAUUUUACCCUGCAGAGUCAUAACUGCCCUGCCAUCACUGGAGACACUGGAUCUGUCAGAUAACCUUUUAUCGGAGUCAGGCUUCUGGUGGACUCCGUGUUCACACAGCACUGUUUUUCCCAAAUUGCGGAAGCUGUCUUUAAGCAAGAACCGCUUCAGCAGUCUUUCCUAUAUCUCUCGUGAGAUGCACCAGAUGAACACACUAGAAUCUCUGGAUCUCAGCUUCAACUCCAUCCACUUGGAUGGGGACUGCUCUUGGCCUGCUCAGCUGACUGAGCUUCUCCUUGGAAACAACAACCUGGGCAACAGUGUUUUUACAUAUCUGUCAUCAGACUUUAAAAGGAUUGACUUAUCAAAGACAGGAAUAACAGCCAUAUCGCAAGAAGAUCUGUCUCGCUUUCCCAAGCUGACACACCUCCAACUCAGCUCCAACAGUAUUCAAGUUAUCCCAAUAGAUCUCACUGUCCCAGCUCUGGUCAGUCUUCACAUAGACCAGAAUGCUAUCACAUCUAUAUCAAAAGAAUCAUUGGCAGGAUUUCCCAGGCUUCAGGAGCUCAAAGCUGGAAGCAAUCCUUUUGUCUGCUCAUGCGACUCCUAUUGGCUCAUCAUUACUUUCAACAAAUCUUUGCUCCUGGACUGGCCCUUUGAUUACACAUGUAACUCCCCACCAGCAUUUGCAGGCUUUUCAUUGUCAGAGUACAAACCCAGUGAGCUGACAUGUAAGAUGUGGCUUCAAGCUGCAGUUGCUGUGCCUGUGUUAUUAGCUAUAUCUGCAGCCAUGGGCCUGGCUUUCCAUAAAUGUGAUGGAGCAUGGUAUACAAAGAUGUUAUGGGUCUGGAUCUGGAUGAAAAGGAGAGGCAAGAAACGUGCCAACAUUUUGAACAGCAUGUCAUUUAGUUAUCAUGCAUUCAUCUCCUACAGUCAUCAAGACUCUGACUGGGUGGACAGUCAGCUCGUUCCCUGUUUGGAAGGUACUGGCUUUUCACUCUGUGUCCAUGAGAGAGACUUUGUCCCUGGUGAGUGGAUUAUAGACAACAUCAUCAACUGUGUUGAGUCUAGCUAUAAGACGCUGUUUGUCCUCUCCAAACAUUUUGUACAAAGCGAAUGGUGCAACUACGAGCUCUUCUUUGCCCAGCACCGAGCCAUCGGUAUCCAGCAGGACUCAUUGGUCUUCAUAUUGUUGGAGCCAAUUCCAAUAGACUCUUUUCCCAAGAAGUAUUUGAGACUCAGAAGUUUGCUGAGGCAGCAGACAUACCUGGAGUGGCCAAAAGAUGAAAAGAAGCAGCAGGAUUUCUGGGCAAGCCUUAAAUCCAUGCUGCAUAUGGCAGACAAAUCUAUUGUUCUGAAGGACGUGGCACUGGCCAUUUCAGAUACAGUAUCUCUGAUUACAGACCAGGAGUAA